UAUGGGCAUUCAUAUACCAGAUAAGUGUGACACAUGUGCACACGUGCAACAGCAAACACCUCACUUCUUCACACCUCACACACAGUUUCCGUUAAGAGGGGUACUGACCGGGGGUCGACAGGGGAGGGUGUCUCAUCAGUCACAUCAGUUCAACUUGCUCUGCGAUCAAGAUGCACGUAUACUGCACCGUAUUUGUCCUUCAAACGGUCUCCUGGUUUGCAGAGGCAGCAGAGAGCGACAUUGUGGGCGGAAAGGUUGCGAAGCCUCAUUCCAAGCCCUACAUGGCGUCCCUGCAAAUCCAAGGAGCGCACUGGUGUGGCGGGAUACUAAUUCGUGAGGACUUUGUUCUGACUGCCGCCCAUUGCAAAAUCGAUCAUCAGCCAAUGACAGUCGUACUAGGAGCACAUGACAUCACCAAGAAGGAGAAAAGUCAGCAACAUAUCCAAGUGGCUCAGUUCCAUCCUCAUCCAAAUUUCGUCGGCGAGUACAGUUAUGACAUUAUGCUACUGAAGUUGAAACACACGGCCAAACUGAACAGGUAUGUCAAAGUGAUCGAACUCCCCAAGAAGAAUGGGAAGAUCCCUGCCAACAUUAGAUGUACUGUUGCUGGAUGGGGCCAAACUGCAAAGCAGUCAAGCACCUCACCCGUACUAAAAGAGACCACCGAGAAAAUACAGUUCAGCUUCGAGUGCAAAUUCAUCUGGAAACAGUACUUUCGGUCUGAUCACAUGACAUGCACCAGGCCUGACAAGUGGGGAGGGGUUUGCCAGGGGGAUUCCGGGGGUCCAUUAAUCUGCAACACCAAGCCUGAAGGAAUAACAGCUUUCACCGAAAAAGACAACUGCAGUAAUCCCAAGAAUCCACAUGUCUUCAUUAGAAUCCACCCCUUCCUCCCCUGGAUUAAGGAAGUGAUGAAGGGGAAUGUUGUGGCUUGAGCCCAGUACACUUUUCAUUUACUUUGCUUAGUAAAAAGAGUUAAAGAAGCAUGUACAGUCAGUCAGAAAGUUUUCAGACCCCCACCACCAUAGGGUCUAAAUCAGUGACGUGCGGUCAGGAGAGGCAAAAACAGAUCAUGAUAACACAAAAUAAAAAUUAUUAGAAAUAUAUUUUCUGAAUUUUCUGAUCAAAUACAAGGAGUGCGCGAGCCGAGCCUGUCGUCUGAGUGUCGUCUGGAUGGCGAUUUGUGUUUGUCAGCAUGUCGCAAACAUUUUGAGUCAAAUUAUGAUUCUACAUCAUGACUUUCUACCGCCCACGUAAUGUCUUUAAUGUAAGUGUGACAACAUUAUCCUUGCUAAAUGCUGAAAAAUCUUUUUAACUACGCAAAUGCAUGGAGGAUUAUACUGUAAAUCCAGGCUCAACAGACGGUGAUCAGACUUUUACAACAAAGUAUCAGUUUUUCCUGGAGAAGGAAAGGCUUCAUGUACUUCAUAUACAAAUAAAAUGUCUUCAGUUUAUUAAAAAAAAACUAAACAACUAAUAAACCUUUAUUAAUGUAAAAAAAAAAA